GAAAGCAUGAAGCCUUCUCCAACUGUCAAAAACUUGGUUCUACAUGUCGUAGUGUAUUUGCUUAUCAACGCGGUGACGGCAAAAGGAUCUAAUACUAGUAGCAAUUCAACAGAUAAUCGGCGCGCCGUGAGGAACAGACUUCUAACGAGAAAGAAUGCAGGUAGCGUUGCGACAUUGGACACACAGAACAUUAAUGAAGAAAGUCUAGCGCCUAAUAUAGACAGCAAUACGACGGAUGAUGCAUUGGACAAUUUCGUACAAAAAGUUUCGACAAGCACAAAAACAAUUUCAAAUUUUACCGAAGUAAUUGAUAAUUCAACAGAUCGGAUAGAAGACGACGCUGAUGUUGAGAAAAGGGAAAUCCAAGGCAAAAACGAUGCUGAUGAUGAUGAUGAUGGAAGUAAUAGAAUGAGCGAGUUGAAGAACAAAUUUACGCGUAGACCAUUUGCCGGAAAACCAUACAACGCGAAUUCCUCUAGUGUUACAACAAUUGUUAUUGGGGCUAAUGAACUUGGCGACUUUAAGCGAAAUUUUAAAAAUUUAUUACGUGGGUCACAAGCGGAACCAGUAUUGACAACGGUAAUAAAAACCAAAUCUGUAUUGAAAGACAAUAAGUGGAUAACAGCUACAGAGAAAAGCUUUAUAUAUUAUCGUGAUCAAACAAAGUUACCGGAAAUUUCAAAAACUACUACCAAUAGCCAACAAUUUAGAAGUGAAGGCACAGAGAAAACGUUCAACAUAGAUCCACAUAAAUUAGACUAUGUACAAGUAAAUGCCGGUCUCCGUAGCGUUGACGAUGAUACUUUACCCAUCAGCUGUGCUGAGAUUAUGAAGCAAAAUAUUGGCACCCCUAAUGGAGUACAUACAAUAUACGUUUUUGGUUACGGACCGACCGAAGUAUACUGCCUUGCCGAUCCUGUAGAUACGGGUUGUGCAUGGACUGUAUUUAUGCGUCGCGUAAAUACUGGUGAUUCAUUUGAUCGAAACUUUGAGGAAUACAAAUUUGGUUUCGGCGAGCCACAUGAAAGUUUCUUCCUCGGUCUGAAUCGUAUUUAUGUGCUAACAACCGAAACAAAGCAGGAACUGGGUAUAUUUACGAAAUUUGAAACAAACGAUAUUGAAGUGGAAAAGUAUACAUACUUUGUAUUGGGCGAUGAAGAAACCGGCUAUAGAGUGGAAGAGUUGGGCGCAUUUUCGAGAACAUCUGCUAUAAGUCGUCUAACGCGAUUUGCGAAAUUUUCUGCUCGCGAUUUGGAUAAUGGCAUUCAGCAUAAUAAAUGUGCCCAGGUGCUCGGUAUGGGCUGGUGGUAUUCGGAUAAAUGUAAGAGCGCUAUUAAACUAAGUGGAGUACGUGCGUAUGUAAAUGCACCCACAAUAAUGGGCUUACGACCAAUAAACUGUAAAAUUUGGUAAUGGUGCGCGCAACUCAGUCAAAGUAUUAUUACAUAUUUUACUCUAAAAUAUAAUAAAGACAAUAUGGGAAUAUUGAAAUUCGAGAAAAAUCUA